AUAUUCCUAGUUCUCAAAUUAUAAUAAUAAAGUUUUCAAAUGAAAAUCCUAGGAGUGUUUUAGGUUCUCUUUGCUCCAUUCCACUGUGGGAUACAAGUAGAAACUGGGACAUUCAUCCAAUAAAAUGUCAUCGGAAAAAAAAAAAUUUAACUACAUUUCAAAAUGAUUCCUCUUUUUUUCCUUUAAAAUUUUUAUUGACCAAGACAGAUUUCAAAAUGUUUUCUCUAAUACCCCGAAGUGAAACUUUGAUUGAGGUUUUCAGGAAAUUCCAGGGAUCAAGUAUGUCACCCAGACUUUGGUUUCCAGGUUUCCCAAAGCCUUGAAAUUUCCCUACAGUCUAAUUGCUGUUUACUACCACAGACCUUCAUCCUUUUUCUUUUGUAACAUUUUCCAUCUUAAGAAGGGUCGUCCCAUUCGGCCGAGGAGCGUGUUGUCUGAGUAGCUGAAUGGAAUUACUACCAGUGGAAACUAUGCUGCAAGAGGGGUUGAUAAAGCAGCUGCAAAGCAAACCUCAGCUGUUUUUUCCAUUCUCCCCAAGCAAAGUUAAUUAGCAUAGGGAAAAUGACUAAGGUGUUGACGUCACCUCUUUCCAGUAGAAACUUACACUUUGUCCCUGUCUGCCUGCAAGCAUGCAGGACUUGACUCAGGAAUUUGCUGUCCAAACAGGAUGCUGUGGAAGCUGCGCUUUUUUUUUUUUUCCCAGGGAGUGGGGGCUGGUCCUCACUGCUUUAUAAGCACCGGCUCAAGAAGGAUCCUACAGCCUCUUGGAAAGGAAUCUCACUAGGGGCUUGACUGCGUGGUUCCCUAGCGCUUUCACUGUUAAGAAACCAAGAUGCAUUUUAGAAACUUUAACUACAGUUUUAGCUCCCUGAUUGCCUGUGUGGCAAACAGUGAUAUCUUCAGCGAAAGUGAAACCAGGGCCAAAUUUGAGUCCCUCUUUAGGACGUAUGACAAGGAUAUCACCUUUCAGUAUUUUAAGAGCUUCAAACGAGUCAGAAUAAACUUCAGCAACCCCUUCUCCGCAGCAGAUGCCAGGCUCCAGCUGCAUAAGACUGAGUUUCUGGGAAAGGAAAUGAAGUUAUAUUUUGCUCAGACCUUACACAUAGGAAGCUCACACCUGGCUCCGCCAAAUCCAGACAAGCAGUUUCUGAUCUCCCCUCCUGCCUCUCCGCCGGUGGGAUGGAAACAAGUGGAAGAUGCGACCCCAGUCAUAAACUAUGAUCUCUUAUAUGCCAUCUCCAAGCUGGGGCCAGGGGAAAAGUAUGAAUUGCACGCAGCGACUGACACCACUCCCAGCGUGGUGGUCCACGUAUGUGAGAGUGAUCAAGAGAAGGAGGAAGAAGAGGAAAUGGAAAGAAUGAAGAGACCCAAGCCAAAAAUUAUCCAGACCAGGAGGCCGGAGUACACGCCGAUCCACCUCAGCUGAACUGGCACGCGACGAGGACGCAUUCCAAAUCAUACUCACGGGAGGAAUCUUUUACUGUGGAGGUGGCUGGUCACGACUUCUUCGGAGGUGGCAGCCAAGAUUGGGGUGGCAGAAAUCCCAGUUCAUGUUGCUCAGAAGAGAAUCAAGGCCAUGUCCCCUUGUUCUAAUGCUGCACACCAGUUACUGUUCAUGGCACCCGGGAAUGACUUGGGCCAAUCACUGAGUUUGUGGUGAUCGCACAAGGACAUUUGGGACUGUCUUGAGAAAACCGAUAAUGAUAGUGUUUUGUACUUGUUCUUUUCUGGUAGGUUCUGUCUGUGCCAAGGGCAGGUUGAUCAGUGGGCUCAGGAGAGAGUUUUCUGUUUCUAAGCAGCCUGCAGGGCCACUCUCUACUGGUAGGAAGAGGUACCACAGGAAGCCGCCUAGUGCAGAGAGGUUGUGAAAACAGCAGCAAUGCAAUGUGGAAAUUGUAGCGUUUCCUUUCUUCCCUCAUGUUCUCAUGUUUGUGCAUGUAUAUUACUGAUUUUCAAGACUAACCUCUGUUCGUAUAUAAAGUUAAACCAUUGUUGUUUUACUUAUUUUGGGAAGCCAGGAAAGCGUUUGGAAAAUGUAUCACCUUUCCCAGAUUCUAGGAUUCUCGACUCUCUUUGCAACAGCACUCGCUUGCAGAACUCUCCUGGAAUACAUUCACUCGGCAUCCUCAACUGUGCAACGUAUAACUUGUGCUUUUGCAAAAGAAGUUGAUCUGAAAUUCCUCUGUAGAGUUUAGCUUAUACAAUUCACAGAAUAGCAGUUUCACUGCCAACUUUUAGUGGGUGAGAAAUUUUAGUUGAGGUGUUUGGGGUUGGACCUCAGUUUCUGUUAUUUCUUUUAUGUGGUGGUUUCUAUACAUGAAUCAUAGCCAAAAACUUUUUGGGAAACUGUUGGCUGAGAUAGUUGGUUUUUUACCCCACUAAGACAUCAAGAUACACUUGUAAAUAAAGCUGAUAGCAUAUAUUCAUGCCUGUUGUACACUUGGGUGAAAAGUAUGGCGGUGGGAGACUAAGAUAUAUUAACCUACCUGUGAAUCGUAUGUUGUAGAAAAAGCUGUUCCCAUGUCUAACAGGACUUGAAUUCAAAGCGUGUCAAGUGGAUAGUAGAUCUGUGGCGAUAUGAGAGGGAUGCAGUGCCUUUCCCCGUUAAUUCCUGAUGGAAUUGUUAUACUAGGUUAACAUUUGUAAUUUUUUUCUAGUUGUAAUGUGUAUGUCUGGUAAAUAGGGAUUAUAUUUUGGCCUUACAAUACCAUAACAAAGUUUGUCAUUUUGAAAUACCCAAUGCCAAGUAACAAUGCAUGCUUUGGCAAUUUGGAAGAUGGUUUUUUCUUUGAGAAGCCAAUAUGUUUGCAUUAAAUGCUUUGAUUGUUCAUAUCAAGAAAUCUAUUGAACGUUCUCAAACCCUGUUUACGGUACUUGGUAAAAGGGAGCCUGUUUGGGAGAGACCAUUGCACCGCUGUCCAAGUGUUUCUAGUUAAGUGCUUUUAAACUGGAGAGGCUAACCUCAAAAUAUUUUUUUUAACUGCAUUCUAUAAUAAAUGGGCACAGUAUGCUCCUUACAGAAAA